AUGUCGGCCGAACAAUCACGGGAGGAAGCUCCUUCGCAGCGGGAGAGAGACCUAUCUACAAAGCUCGAAGAGGCGGAGUUGGCCAUUCAAACCAAUUCGCGACGGGAACUAAAGCUUCUCGCCGAACUGCUAAAAGCAAAAACAACGCUUCUCGAUGAAUCCCAGCAGCGCGAGCAUCGCCUUUCGACCCAGCUGGAACAGCACACAGCCGGCCUUGAUGCAUCUCAGAAAAGAGAGAAACAGGCUUUGACUCAACUUGAAAAGCUCACUUCCGAGUUUGAGGCCUUCAAGAAAAAUGCUGGCGAUCCAUCGUCGGAGAUACUUGAGAAAGAGGCUGCUCUCGUUGCGUCUCGACAGCAGGAAAGACAACUGUCGAUGGAGCUUCAAAGUGUCAAGAAUGAACUUUCCUCUUACAAAGACAGCCGAAAGCCUAUUGAGAGAGAACUUGCGGACGCAAAGAAGGCUUUGGAACAAUCGCGAAACUCUGCAACAGAGCAAUCAAAUCACCUCGAUGAGGCCAAUAAGAAGGUCCGAGAACUUUCGAAAGAGCUAGAACAGUCCAAACAAAAGAUUUCCGACAUGAGCAAGGCCAGUGAACAGGCAGACCGUAGCUACCAGAGCCUUUGGUCUCGGUACAACAGACUACAGGAAUCGAACAAGAACUAUCAUUAUUACCAGCAGUCAACAUCCCAACGGCCACCACUCCCAUCAUCCUCUCAGGGCUUUCGAUUCGACGAUUCGCCACGAGAUAGCAAGCCUAUUUUUGACUUCUGCGGCGGAGCGAAUCAGCAAGGGUCGCAAGUCAAUGUGGCACAGAGGUUCGGAACACCGACAUACUCGACGGUCACGUUCGGCACGGUGAGUGCUAUACAGCCAGGAGGCUCACGGUCGUUCAGUCACGACGGCAGUUCUCAACCAAAGUCUACUUUCAACAGUUUUAGACCUGCCACACUGAAACACAGUAUCCUCUCUAAUCCCCCCAAUGGCCCUGGAAACCAGAAACGGCAACAAGAUGAUCAGCUCCAGCAAGCUGCAGCCGAUCCCAAGAGACUCAAGAAGGAGACAUAG